AUGUCUGAAUCAUUAUCGCAGCUGCUAAAAUCACACAAUCAAAAGCAAAGCGAAGUGAAGAAGCAGAACGAGCAAUUGAAGAAGAAUGCGAUACAAUCAACAAACGAACUCACAGACUCGAUAACUGAAUAUGUCAAUGAUAGAGUUACAGAGAUAUUUUCAAGGCAAAAAGAAUUGGAGCAGCAAUCAAGAAGGUUGGCCAAUCAAACCACCAAGUACGCUAACCAAACGCAGCAAUGGUUGACAUUGGUGGAUGAUUUCAACAUGUCGUUGAAGGAACUGGGAGAUGUCAGGAAUUGGGCCGAGAUCAUGGAGCAUGAUAUGAAGACAAUCAUGUCGACAUUGGAGUUUGUCCAUCAAGGCACAAUUGGUGGUGUUGAACCAAUGGAGUGA